AAUCGGAUAUUUGUUUGCGUCGUUCGAUAUGGGAGGAUCGCCGCGCGUUGUUAUCGCGGUUCUAUUAUGUUUUAUUAUCAGACACACGGUGCUAUCUAAUAAGGCACGUAACGUUCUAAUACUUCUAGCGGACGAUGGCGGAUUCGAACUUGGUGCAUAUUUAAAUAAAAUCUGCCAAACUCCGAACAUCGAUGCACUCGCCAAACGUGGUGUCAUCUUUAACAACGCUUUCACUUCCGUCAGCAGUUGCUCUCCUAGUCGUGCGGCAUUGCUGACUGGCACUCCAAGCCAUCAAAAUGGGAUGUACGGCUUGCAUCAUGGCGUUCACCAUUUCAACUCCUUCGACAAUAUCACCAGCUUGCCAAAUAAGCUGCGAGAAAAUGGCAUUUAUACUGGUAUAAUCGGGAAAAAGCAUGUGGGUCCUCAUGAGGUGUACCGCUUUGACUUUGAACAAACAGAAGAAAAUAAUCACAUCAACCAGGUUGGACGAAAUAUAACAUACAUCAAGCUCCUCACCCGAGAAUUUCUUGCUGAAGCUAACAAACAAAACAAACCAUUCUUCCUGUACGUCGGUUUCCACGACCCCCACCGAUGCGGGCACAGCCACCCCGAGUGGGGCCCGUUCUGUGAGCGGUUUGGCUCUGGCGAGCCUGGCGCGGGCCGUAUCCCCGACUGGCAGCCGUGGUACUACCAAUGGGAUGAGAUACAGCUGCCGUACCAUGUUCAGGAUACUGAACCAGCUAGAAGAGAUAUCGCCGCACAAUAUACAACCAUGUCACGAUUAGAUCAAGGUGUGGCACUUGUCCUGAAGGAAUUAGAAGCAGCCGGUCAUAAAGAUGAUACUCUAGUUAUGUACACAUCCGACAACGGUAUACCGUUCCCAUCUGGCCGGACUAACUUCUACGACCCUGGUCUCCGGGAGCCUCUAAUAAUGUCGUCCCCUGACCCUGACGCGAGGAGGAAUGAGGCAUCCAGUGCCAUGGUCAGUUUACUGGACGUCAUGCCUACUGUACUAGAUUGGUUCGGAAUCAAAGAGGAACAAGAAAUGAGUAAUAAUAUAUGGGGCGAUGAUAGUCCUAAAAGUUUGUUGCCUAUUUUGCAAAAAGAGCCGAAACCCAAUGACCAAGAUGUAGUAUUCGCGUCACAAACCCACCACGAGAUCACAAUGUACUACCCGAUGCGCGCGGUGCGCUCGCGCCGCUACAAGCUCAUACACAACCUCAACUACGGCAUGCCUUUCCCCAUCGACCAAGAUUUAUAUGUAUCACCUACUUUCCAGGACAUUUUGAAUCGCACUCGUAGCAAGCAGCCCCUGCCGUGGUACAAAACGCUCAAGCAGUACUACUACCGCCCGCAAUGGGAGUUCUACGACUUACGCGCCGAUCCUUUGGAACUCAAGAACUUGCAUGGUAAGCCGUCUCUGGAGGGCGUGGAGUCGUCUCUCCGGGCGCGCCUGCACGAGUGGCAGCGCCGCACGCAGGACCCGUGGCUGUGCGCGCCCGGCGCCGUGCUCGAGCGCGCCGCGUGCCAGGCGCUGGACAACGGCCUCUCGCACUUCCUUCAUCACUGAUUAUAUUAUUUAAUAGAUGAUGCCCGCGACUUCAUUCUGCGUGGAUUUAGGUUUUUUAAAAACCCCGUGGGAACUCUUUG